AAUUUUCACUAUGAUUUCCCACUCCCGUCGCAGAAAAAAUCUCUAACGGUUACUAGAUUACGAGCAGCCGUCACAUGACAGCGACGGGUGUGCGUGAUCUUUUUACGAGUCUCUCAAUGUGAGAAUCUAGGAUUUGUCAGACAAAAUACGAAAGGACUACCGGGCUACUUGGCUUCUCCCCGGAGUGUCGGCAGUGCUUGAAGACCGCGGAAUAUUACAUAUAUUACAUUGCGAACAGCAAGGCUUACUGUUGUAACGAUGAGGUAUAUCCUGGGUAACACAUUUGCGAUCACCGCCUCGGCGACGAUCCUUAUUUUGGUUUUGUAUUAUAUAUUUACUGGCAAAGGAGAGCAGGUUAGCGUUGGAUGGUUCUUGACGAAUACUUCUCCAUAUAUGUGGUGCACGUUGGGUAUAGGUCUAUCAGUAGCUUUGUCUGUAGUAGGUGCUGCAUUAGGUAUCCAUACAACAGGAGUGUCUAUCGUCGGUGGUGGUGUGAAAGCACCUAGAAUCAAGACAAAGAAUUUGAUUUCUGUGAUAUUCUGUGAGGCUGUAGCUAUCUAUGGCUUGAUCACUGCCAUUGUUCUAUCUGGAAUGCUUGAUAAAUUCUCUUACACAGAAAUUUACAAAAAUGAAGAAAUCAGAAGUCAGAACUGGUUGUCUGGAUACUUAAUGUUUGGUGCUGGUUUGGCUGUUGGCCUCGUCAAUCUUUUCUGCGGCAUAGCGGUCGGAAUUGUUGGCUCUGGUGCAGCUCUCGCCGAUGCGGCUAACUCUGCCCUUUUCGUAAAAAUUCUUAUAGUCGAGAUUUUUGGUUCUGCUAUUGGACUCUUUGGUUUAAUAGUUGGUAUUUAUAUGACAUCCAAAGUGAAAAUGGGCGACAAGCUAUCAUAAAUUACGAGAGAAUAAGCUAUGGAGUAUCGGGAUCACAAUGUUCCAUUCCACAUUUAGUCAUCAGUAAAAGAGAUUCUAGAGGAAUGACUGCAUAUCUAUAAAAUCAUUGUGAGAUCAGAAGAAUUUUUCAGAUACCAAUGUGAAUUUGGUAUAUUGCAUGUCUGUAAUUACAUUCAUACGAUUCUAGGUGACAAUUUAACAUCCUUUUUGUGUCUAUAAUUGUGAAUAUUGUCUGUUAUAUUAUUGGACGCAUCAUUCUACUUCUUUUGAAACAUAAAAAUGGCUAAGAUUAAAUGUUAUAAUAGGCCAUAAUUUUUAUCGAUGUUAGAAA